CGGGGCAGACCCGGGGCGGGGCGCGGCGCCGCUGCUGGAUGGCCGGGGCCGCCCGGAGCGCCGCCGCCGCCGCCGCUGCACGCACGUGGCAUGCCUGCAUGUCCCUGUCCUGGCUGUGGCAUGGCGGGCCGAAGGCUCCUCUUCUUCACUGCGCUUGUCCUAGAGCUCCUGGGAGGGGCUGGGGGUUCCCAGCCGGCCCCCCGGAGCCGGGGGCCUGCAGCUGCCUGUCGCCUGGACAACAAGGAAAGCGAAUCCUGGGGGGCCCUGCUGAGCGGAGAGAGGCUGGACACCUGGAUCUGCUCCCUCCUGGGCUCACUCAUGGUGGGGCUCAGCGGAGUCUUCCCACUGCUCGUGAUCCCCCUGGAGAUGGGGACCAUGCUGCGCUCAGAAGCUGGGGCCCGCCGCCUGAAGCAGCUGCUCAGCUUUGCCUUGGGGGGACUUUUGGGCAAUGUGUUUCUCCACCUGCUGCCCGAGGCAUGGGCCUACACAUGCAGUGCCAGCCCUGUGCUGCCCCCUGCAGGUGGUGAGGGGCAGAGCCUGCAGCAGCAACAGCAGCUGGGACUGUGGGUCAUUGCUGGCUUCCUCACCUUUCUGGCGUUGGAGAAGAUGUUGCCGGACAGCAAGGAGAAGGAGGGGACCAGCCAGGCCCCCAGUAAAGACCCCGCUGCUGCUGCCGCGCUCAGUGGAGGCCACUGUCUGGCCCAGCCGGCUGCAGAGCCCGGCGUGAGUGCUGUGGUCCGGACCAUCAAAGUCAGUGGCUAUCUCAACCUGCUGGCCAACACCAUAGACAACUUCACUCACGGGCUGGCUGUAGCUGCCAGCUUCCUUGUGAGCAAGAAGAUUGGGCUCCUGACCACCAUGGCCAUCCUUUUGCACGAGAUCCCCCACGAGGUGGGCGACUUUGCCAUCCUGCUCCGGGCCGGCUUUGACCGAUGGAGCGCAGCCAAGCUGCAGCUCUCGACGGCGCUGGGGGGCCUGCUGGGCGCCUGCUUUGCCAUCUGUACGCAGUCCCCCAAGGGAGUAGAGGAGACCGUGGCCUGGAUCCUGCCCUUCACCUCUGGCGGCUUUCUCUACAUCGCCCUGGUGAACGUGCUGCCCGACCUCCUGGAGGAAGAUGACCCGUGGCGCUCCCUGCAGCAAGUCCUGCUGCUCUGCACAGGCAUCGUGGUGAUGGUGCUCUUCUCGCUCUUCACGGGGUGACUGCCCCUGACAGCCCCCCCCCACCCCCAGCAAUAAGAGACUCGGAUUCAGUCUGUGACCGUGUGUGAGGCACGGGGCGAGUGCCUGAGAGCGCCCCUGACCAGAUUAGAGGACGGGGUGUGCGCACGCGCGCAUGCGUGUGUGUGUGUGUGUGUGUGUGUGUGUGUGAGUGACCAGAGGUACGCGUGAGACCGACACUGUGAUCGUGCGCUGGGCCCAGGGCCCGAUGCCCGCGCCCAGCCGCGCUGUGGUCUUGUCUCCUUAGCCCCGUCAUCCGGCACUUCCCGCGGCGAGCACUGAGCAAUAGCAGCCCUGCUCCCAAGCGGAGGCCUCUCCCCACCAAGACCACAGAGGGAGUGAGAAGAGCCCCAGGAGCCCAGGGCUUCAAGGAGCCCAAAGCUGUCUCCCUCUGGGGCCUUGGGGUUCCCGGCCUUCUGCUCGGGCACCAAGCCCUGGGCAGCCUGAGGGCUGAGGCUGGGGAGCCUUCUCUGCUGUGUCUGUUGUCCUGGCCCUUCCUUUGUCAGUUCUAAGGCCAAAGAAAGGAGAGGCAGGUGCUCGUGUAGCCCCUCACCCCUCGCCGCACUCAGCACUGACAGUCCCACCCAGCCCAGAUGGAGCUGGGGGUGCUUCCCAAGACCUUCUCCUCGUGGCUGCCGGCCCUGGGCCAGCUCCUGUGCCCCCAGGAAAUGCUCCCUGGCAGCGCCUGCAGCUUUUGCCACCUCCCGCUGCCAAGCAGCAGCCUGCAGGGCAGUGAGCAGCCCUGGGCCAGAGAGGCCUGCUGGUCCAGCUCAGGGGCGCUCGCGCUGGUCCAGGCGGAGAUACCCUGGAGGCAGGAAGAGUGGGCUGUGGCCGCCCCUCCCUGCCCAGGCCCUUUUUCCUGUCCCACCACAGCUGAGGGUAGGUUGGGGGGUGGUGAGGGCCCCGCCUUGCCAGCACGCAGGAAUGUGCUCUGGGAGAGCGCUGAAGCCCUAAUCCCCAGCUAUUUCCCUUGGCUGACACCCAGGUACUCAGCCAGCCCGCUCCACAGCCAGGCUCAGCCCUGCUGCUCAACCGUGGGCGUUCUGAGAAGCAGCCAUCAAGAGGGUCUGAAUGGGUUUACAGCAGUCGUGCUGUGGUUCCGUUUUUUUGUAAAUAACUAUAGAUGAUACAAAUAAA